AUGGUCUGUACAGAGGCGUGGUUGGAGCUUGCUGGAAGUUCUCGGUGUCACUCGGUAGAGGCUUGGCUCGUCGGGAGUUUGAUCGGGAUUUUAGGGAGAAUUGGCCCAAAAUUUUCUGAGCUCAAGAGGGAGGCGUGGCUGGAGCUUGCUGGAAUUUCUCGGCGUCGCUCGGUAGAGGCUUGGCUCGCCGGGAGUUUGAUCGAGAUUUUAGGGAGAAUUGGCCCGAAAUUUUUUGAGCUUAGGAGGGGUUUUUACUUCACCGCCGCACCACCGGCCACUCCACACACAGCACCGCCGCACUCAUCGAAUCGAACGCCGCCGUCGUUCGCCGACGGCCGAGAACGCCGGUUUCGACUCCGCCAUUUUUUCUUCCACCGACUCCCGCCUCUCAAAUCCGACGAGAAGGUCGUCUCCUCCGGCGAGACACACAGCGACGACUGUACCUGGAGGUCGGAGAUCUUCUACCACACGACACAUCGCACCGGCGCCGCGAACGGUAGUCGGUCCACUUGCACCUGUCGCCGCCGAUCUCAGCCACCUAGUUGCGCCGCUCAGCCGCCCGGUCGCACCGUGGUUGCCGCCUCGCAACGCCGCCAUCGGCACAACACUGGUCUCGUCCAAACGAUCGAGGACGCUGAGCUCGUCGUGCCGCUGGUCUUGUCAGGCACACGGCGGCCGCCGGUCUAG